AUGAGUCAGUCAGGAGAUCGUUUUACAAAUAUUGAAUUGGAAAAUAAGCGUUUACCAGCAUGUUGUGGUUACAUUACUUGGAAAUUAUUAUCUCUUCAAGAUGCCAUGAAAGAAUUACAAGGUCCUUUACAACAAAUAGAUUAUUUUGUUAAAGAAGCUAAAAAGCAUUGUUCAUAUCCAAAUGAACAUAAUUUAACAAAAGAUGAAUCUGCUGCAGUUUAUAUUUAUACAAUGGAAAUGUCUGAUGAUGAUUCAUGUGUUUAUCGUGUUUUAAAUCAAACACUUCGUGCAGAGGAUCGAAAAAAAGUUCGUCCAUGGUUUGGAUAUUUAAAACUUUUACAUUCCGCAACAUCAAAAUUACCAAGAUUUAAAGGAACUGUUUUUCGUGGAAUUGAUAAAGAUGUUACUAAGAGUUUUAAAAAAGGUCAAAAAAUUACUUGGUGGAGUAUAAGUUCAUGUUCAACAUCUGUUAAUGUUAUUAAGGACUUUAUUAAUAAAUCUCCUUCAAGUACAUUAUUUAAUAUUGAAUGUUUAAAUGGAAAAUCUAUUUCACCUUAUACAUGUUAUCCAAAUGAAGAUGAAGUUAUUUUAAUGCCUGGAACAGUAUUUGCAGUUGUAUCUGAUCCAUUAAGUCAUCAUGGUGGUUUAAAUUUUAUUCAUUUGAAAGAAAUUGGUGAUGAUGAUGAUGAUGAAGAAGAAGAAUCACCUAAACCAUUAAGUCCAACUGAAUAUGAAGAAAGUUCUUUAAAAUCUAAUCAAUAA